UUGACAGCACAGGAAAAUGCAAUUUUCAUAUUCUAUUUCUUCCUGUACGACGAUUUUACGAGUGCGAUUAUCAAAACAGUAUAUUAGGGUGAAUGUCUAUAGUAUAUUCCGGCUUCUGACGGGUGAUUGUGAUUUGAUUCGGCUGUGAAUUGGGCGAUUUUGAUCUGGAUUUUCCUUCCCCCCCUCCCAUGCCCUAAAAAAGUCGACUGAAAUAUGAUUGAGCGUCAGAUCUUCACCGACAGCCAUGCAAAGUCUAUCUUGACGACUAUGAACAACCUGAGAAAGACCAACACAUUAUGUGAUGUUUCAUUGAAGGUUGAGGAUCGUUCACUGCCAGCCCAUCGUAUUGUCCUUGCUGCUUGUAGUGAUUACUUCUGUGCUAUGUUCACGAACGAGAUGUCUGAGAGGAAUAAAACAGAGAUUGAGCUCCAUGACAUUCCUGCGAGUGUCAUGUUGGUGCUGCUAGACUUUGUGUACACGGAGACGGUUGAUGUGAGUGUGGAGAAUGUGCAAGAGUUACUGCCUGCCGCAUGUCUUCUACAACUGACAGGUGUCAAACAAGCCUGUUCAGAUUUCCUUCAGAAGCAGCUUGAUUCAACUAAUUGUCUUGGCAUUCGUAUUUUUGCCGAGAAUCAUUCUUGUCAGGACCUCAAGGAUGCCGCUGAAGUGUUCUGUUAUAAACAUUUUGAGGAACUAAUCCACCAGGAGGAGUUUUUGACCCUGCAGGCUGCUGAGCUUGAGACACUGAUCAAGAGUGAUGAGAUACAGGUGGAGUCCGAGGUGCCGGUGUAUGAAGCAGUAUUGGCAUGGACUCGCCAUGAUCCCAUGAACAAAGACCAAUAUCUCCCCCAGCUCCUCAGACAUGUCCGAUUACCAUUGUUGUCAGCCAAGUAUCUCACCGAUGUUGUUGAUAACGAGGCUUUGAUCAAACAAAACCACCGAUGUCGAGAUUUGCUUGACGAGGCCAAGAAGUAUCACCUGAGACCUGAUCUGAGGAACAGCUUACAGAACAUACGCACCAAACCACGCACAGGCUCUGACGGUGUUUUGGUUGUCGUGGGAGGGUUUGGCAGUAUGCAGAAUCCUAUUGAUGUGGUCGAGAAGUACGAUCCCAAAAAACAACAGUGGACCAGAUUACCUGUCAUGACCAAGAGAAGACGUUAUGUAGCCGCUGCGUCAGUGAAGAAUCGUCUGUAUGUGAUCGGAGGUUAUGAUGGCCAGAAUCGAUUGAACAGCGUCGAGGUUCUUGAUUUCUCUGACGAUGAGCCGCAGUGGCAGACGGUAGCUCCAAUGCAGCAUCGUAGAGGACUCGCAGGCGUCUGUGUCUAUCAAGAUGCUGUCUAUGUUUGUGGAGGCUUUGACGGCCGGGACCGCCACACGAGCAUGGAACGCUACGACCCACAUAUUGACCAAUGGAAUCCCAUCGGCAACACAGCGGUGGGCCGUGAGGGGGCAGGCCUGAUCGUAGCCAAUGAUCUCAUCUACUGUAUUGGUGGUUAUGAUGGGGUGAACCUGCUCAAUACGGUGGAGAAGUUUGAUCCGAACACAUCGCAAUGGAGUAGUGUUCCUUCCAUGACCACAAAGAGAUCGGGGGCAGGUGUUGCUGUUCUCCACGACACCAUCUUUGUUUGCGGGGGCUAUGACGGCAGCAACCACCUCUCUAGCGUGGAGUGUUUCAACGUGAGAACCGAGCAGUGGACGUCGGGUGCUAACAUGAAGAUACCGAGGUGCUAUGUAGGAGCAUGUACACUUAGGGGCUCACUUUAUGUGGUGGCAGGGUAUGAUGGCAGUUCCUUACUUGACAGUAUUGAGUGUUACGAUCCAUCAGAUGAAUCAUGGAAGUUGUUAGACAGCACAAUGUCUGCCCAUCGGUGUGACGCAGGUGUGACAGUCUUCCGUCAGAGGUGAAAAGAACUGUAUCCAAACAGGAAGGAGUCUGCUUUUCGUUGUGUUGGUUCAGGAGGAACAAUGCCGGGACUGUACAAUAUGUGAUUGUUUGCGGGUGUGAGGAGACUGUUGAGAGUAGAACUUGGAAUUUGGAGGGUUAAAGGUCAGGGUCAUAGUUGAGGGUCAAGGUGAGGUGAUUACUCUGUAUUUCAUUCACUGUUCCUGAAUUCAACUGGAUGACUGCGAUUUUAUGCUGAAGGAUUGUAAGGUUGCGCGCACAGUAUCAAGUAAGGGAGAAACUUGUGGUAUAUUUACAUGAAUAGAGUAUUUUGUGAAUGAUAUUUUUAUUAUUAUAUUGAUAUGAAUGUAUGUGUAGGCUUAUUGGUAGUUUCCUUGUCGAAGGUCUCCAGCAUCAUUAACACUUUGGAUCAACUUGCCUGUAGCAGGACAUGUUCAAGAGACAGAUUUGCUUUCGCCUACACUGUAAAUGUAAUGCUGCAUUGUUCUGAGAUGUAUGUUUAUUGUUGUAAUGUGUUUUGAUUGUGGUCAGAAGCGAUGCUGUCAUUAAUACGGUAGGCCCUUGAUUACCAUAAAUAUAGGACUUCCAUUUUGCUUAUUUGGUGGGAAAGUGUAGCAUAGAAAGUGUACAGGUCAUGUAAAUGUAUUGACAGAUUGCUUGUGACGAAAUGGUCUUUGCGGAUCUCUUCCAUGUCUCACUCUUUCAUGUCAUACUGCAUUGAAUGUUUUGCCUACUGUGACUAUGAGCCAUUUCAUUGUUUAGACCAAGUAACCAUAUACAUGUAGAUGCAUGAUUUGAUUUAUUGCACUUAGUUCAUGUAACUGUAAGACUAUUCAUUGCAUAAUGAGUGUUUUUGCAGAUUAUCUGUGCAGCUACUGAAUGUGAAAUGAAGGUUGUUGUAGCAGCUUGCAUUAUUAAACCUUUAUUUGGAUGGAUUACCCUCAUUAAGUGAGGUAACAUUGGUAAGACCUAUGAGAUUCACAAUGUUUUAACACCAAAGAUACGGUAUGUCAAAUGUCUUUGUGAAUGAUUGUCAAAAGUAUUGUGACUUCUCGUAAACUCCCAUGGGCAAAUAUAGGCCCUGAGAAGUGCAGCGUUGCAACUGUGAACAUCAUUGGAUCAAUUGCUACCAUCAACAAGGCCCUCUUAUAGAGGCUGUGAACAUGAAUGUGGAAAGUGGAUCAGUGGUACUGUCUCGCUUAAAGGAGAAGUAGGCUCAGAAAGUUUCACCUUCAAAAUAUCAUUGUUACAAACAGCCUUUUUUGAAAGAUAAUGGUAAACGUAUCCAUAUUUUCAUACGUCUGUUCCACAUCUAAAUACAAUUUGAAGAAAUUUUUUUGAUGCUACUGCCCCUUUAAGACAAGACUAGGUCAUCAGUACAUGUUGACAUUGUCCACCUUCUCCACUUGAGAUGUGAUAUAAGUAUUGGUAAUGUUAUAUUUUAUAUGUGUAUUUCUCUAUAUUGCUUAUUACCAUGUUAAACAUGUUUAUGUAUCUUAUCAUUUAUAUAUGUAUCUACACUUUAUGGAUAUGGAUAACUAUGUAAUAGUCUGUUAAUUUACGAUACCAUGUUGAAGAAUAGUCAUUGUGCUAAUGCCAAAUGAUUUGUUAUAAUGUCAUAUUUAAAAAUAAACCGUACAAUAACAAG